CUUUCUUCUUCAUCGUCUUCAUCAAAAAAAGACUCUCCAACUCGUACCGAGCCAGCAAAUCCUCACCACACCUCCGCGCCGACCAUCCUCCACCCCUCCGAUUCAAAAGCGUCUUUGACCUCUACUCCCCCCCUCCAAAGACACCGCACCACACACGCUCAGGGAUACAUAGCUCAGAAAGCGCUGAGACGAAGCUCGUCCAGAGCACCCAUCCCCCGACUGAAAAAAUGUCAGAAGCCUACGAGCGCGAACGCCAAAACGACUCCCGCCUAGACGAGCUCGCAUCAAAAGUCACCGCGCUCCGCGGCGUGACCAUCGAUAUCUACGACAAUGCAAGGGAUCAGGAAGUUAUUGAUCAAACUAGCGAGACCUUCUCCUCCUUCUCCACAACCCUAAAAGGCAGCGCAACACGUCUAACGCGCAUGGCUGCGAGCGGGAAUAAAGUCGCCGUGCUUAAACUAGCGGGGAUUCUGGUCGCGAUUGUGGUAGUGCUAUAUUGGAUUUGGCAUUUGAUUUUCUGA